GUUGAGUGUCAGGCCUACGUCAAUGCAGCUGAAUGCGUCGUCUUGUGCAAUCGUCCAAUCGUUGAUUCUUGGUUGUUUUGGAAUUUUGGAUGACGUAUCGCGUAUACGUUGUUGUAGUAAUCCCAUCGAAAAGUUGAGUGGGUUGAUUCUCGAUUGCGAAGGACGGUUUUUCUUCUUUUAAUAAACAUGGCAACUCAACCCAAUCACCCAACUUACCCCUCUCAGCCUGGACAGCCAACCUAUGGCUGGUCUGUCCCGGUAGAUCAAGGCCCUCCCCCUCCAUACAAUCAAAAUCCACCACUUCACAAUCCACAACCACCACCACCACCACCAAAUCCAGCAAGCAACAUGUACGGUGGCGCAGGAUACGAAUCCGGAGGACUCGACGAUGCCGCCUUUUCUUUUUCGGAAAAAUCUGUCCGUAUGGCUUUUGUGAGGAAGGUGUACGCGAUCCUAAUGGUUCAGCUAGCCAUUACAGUGGCUUUCAUCUCCCUUUUCGUGUACGAACCGAACGUCAAGUUAUAUUCUCGAGAACAUCCUGAAAUGUGGUGGAUAGCAUUUACCAUGACCUUUGUCUUAUUAAUCGUUCUUGCCUGUUGCAACGAUUUCCGACGACGUUGGCCUCUGAACAUAAUUUUGCUGGGACUUUUUACCGCGUGCGAAGGUUUCAUGCUUGGAGCCGUCUCGUCCCUCUAUAGGUCGGAAGAUGUGUUAAUUGCUGCCGGUAUAUGCACGGCCGUAUGCCUUGCGCUGACCCUAUUUGCCAUGCAAACGAAAUGGGAUUUUACUGCUUGUGGAGGGAUCCUUUUUGUCUGCGUCAUCGUUUUGUUCAUUUUUGGCAUUGUGGCUAUUUGCAUCCCAGGAAAGGUUAUCCACCUGGUUUACGCUUCUUUGGGCGCACUUCUUUUCAGUGUUUAUCUGGUCUUCGAUACCCAACUGAUGCUUGGUGGUAAACAUAAGUACUCGAUAUCUCCUGAGGAGUACAUCUUUGCGGCUCUGAAUCUUUACCUGGACAUUAUUAACAUCUUCCUAUACAUCUUAGCUAUAGUUGGCGGCUCUCGUAACUAAGCGUUGAGCCACGUUUCUUGGUUGAUGUUUUUCCCAUUAUUGUGGAUUCUCCUGAAUCUAACUCUUUAUUCUAACUAGCCUAGUUUUCGUCUGCCUAAUGUGGGAAUAAUCUUUUUAAACACACUAGAUGUUUGAAUAGGUAACGUACUCGAAAUUGGUGUUACUUUCAAUCUCGUCAAUGUUUCCGGUUAUCAUUGCAUAACCAUUCCAUGUCGAUUGCUUCUCAUAUUAAAAUUAUAUUAAUUGUUGUCGUCGAAUCAAUGGAAAAAGUUUCAUAACAGCAGUUGUUUUCUCCGUUAUUAGUUUGAUGUUAAUAAAAACCAACGUUCUUUAGGCGCAACAAUUCGAAAUUCAUUUGGUUGCCAUCGCAAAACGCCAAUUCUCUUUGUAUCUUGCAAGAUGUAUUGGCGCUUUUUGUUUUUUUUGUGGCAUAUUUUCGUUUAAACCCAUUGUAUAAUUUAAAAGUAUUGUAUUGAAAUAAACGAGAGCAACAAA